CUAGUUAGAAAGUUCCUGCUUCAGAGCCGAAGCUCUCCAGCAAGCACUACGAAGAAGAAAACAUACUUGAAGAACCACUGGAGUUUUCUGUGAGGUCAUCUCCAAGCACCAUCCCUGACUACCACAGGCGAGAGAAAUGAGGCACGUUAUCAAUCCAUAUGAAAACAUCAACGGCACUGCAAGGAACAACUCAGACUGCCCUCCUGUGCUUUUGCCAGAAGAGCUAUUUUUUACCAUCUCCAUCCUCGGCAUGGUGGAGAAUCUCAUCAUCCUGCUGGCUGUGGUGAGGAACAAGAAUCUCCAGGCUCCCAUGUACUUCUUCAUCUGUAGCCUGGCCAUUUCUGACAUGUUGGGCAGCCUGUACAAGAUCUUGGAGAACAUCCUGAUCAUAUUUAGGAACAUGGGCUAUCUCAAGCCUCGUGGCAGUUUUGAAACCACAGCCGAUGACAUCAUAGACUCCAUGUUCAUCCUGUCUCUUCUUGGCUCCAUCUUCAGCCUGUCUGUGAUUGCUGCUGACCGCUACAUCACUAUCUUCCAUGCCCUGCAGUACCACCGCAUCGUGACCAUGCGCCGCACCGUCCUUGCCCUGUCCCUCAUCUGGACAUUCUGUAUAGGAAGCGGCGUCGCCAUGGUGAUCUUCUCCCAUCACAUCCCCACGGUGCUCACCUUUACAUCGCUCUUCCCACUGAUGCUGCUCUUCAUCCUGUGCCUCUAUGGUCACAUGUUCCUGCUGGCCCGCUCCCACGCCAGGAAGAUCUCCACCCUCCCCAGGGCCAACAUGAAAGGAGCCAUCACCCUCACCAUUCUCCUUGGGGUCUUCAUCUUCUGCUGGGCUCCCUUCAUCCUCCAUGUCCUCUUGAUGACCUUCUGCCCAAAUAACCCUUAUUGUGCCUGCUACAUGUCUCUCUUCCAGGUGAACGGCAUGCUGAUCAUGUGCAAUGCGGUCAUCGACCCCUUUAUAUAUGCCUUCCGGAGCCCAGAGCUCAGAGACGCAUUCGCAAAGAUGAUCUUCUGCAAUAAGUACCAGUGGAAUCAUUGAUCCCUGACCUUAGGAUCCAUGAGCAUAACAACCUAACAAAUGUUAUGGCUGUUGCCUUCCUUCCCUUCCUCAGUGGGUGGAGAGGGGGUUUGCCAUUGCUUAGUUCUUUAUGAACAAUCUUGCUGUAGGUGGAAAUCUGAUGACUCUGUAACUAGAGAGACAAGUGAAGCACUGAAAAGAAGCAUAUAAUACAAAGUACACAGGUGGAUGUGUGUUUUCUAUGGAUACUGACAAGCCUGUCCUGGGAGGCCUUUCCAAGUCAGAGGCCACUGCAACUGAACUCUGGAAAGUAAAACGCCAGGCAUGGUGUUCAUGAGCUUCCCACUACUGCCAAACAUACAUGAGAUUAACCAAAUGAAAGUAGAGGUUUCCGAGGGUCAGUUGGCCCAUUUGCUUUGGGCCUGUGGAGCAGUAGCACACUGUGAUAGAAGUACAUGGUAGGGAUAACUGCUUACCUUGUGGCAGCCAGAAAGCAGAGGGACAAAGAGUGAGGAGAGAGAAGCAGAGACAGAGACACUGGGAUCUGAAAUCCCCUUUGAGAGCACACCACAAUAACCUAAGAUGUCCCACUAGCCUCCACCACUUCCUAACAAUACAACACUAGAGACAUAGCCUUUCGCUUGUGGGCCUAAGCCACAGCAACAAGUGACUCCUCCAUCAAGAAACUGUAGGGUCCUGGUAAGCCAGAAGUUCUCACUAAUCACCACAGGUGAUUUGCCUGUCUCCUGCCGCCAUUCAGAGUUCCUUAUUUUCCCUUCG